AUGGAUGAAGCUGAUUUCUCAGAAGAUACAACUUCUAAGCAACAGGAGGAUUUGCCUUAUGAUGGAGAUUUCUCCCAAGUUAAGAUAUACAGUGAUUGCAAUUUUACCUCAAAAAAUGACAUCCUUGAUGUCUCAAAUCAAAUUACUUUAGUGAUAGAUGACCCUCAAGAAAAGACUACACAUAAGGAGACUUGCAGGAACGAAGACAUGGCCAUGUCUCUGGAUAAAAUGACUGAAGAUGCUGUCAACAAAAACUGUGAUGAAGAGAAACAAUGCACCGUAAAUCUUCAUAUUCCAGCUGAUAAAAGACACCCUGCAAAGUCAAACAUUUCUGAUAUUUUACUCCAUCAUCUUUCUAAAGAGGAAUUCUUAAAAGGUCAAGGCAUUAAUUGUGAAACUCUCCCAGAGAUCUCUAAUGCUGACAGUUUUGAUGAAACUAUUAUUAAAAACAUUAUUUUGCAGUAUGUUAAGCAUUCUUGGCCAAAAGAACAAACCCCAGAACUCACUGACCAACUCAACCCCAAAGCGGAUGAUGAAAACAGCAAUAAGCCCACUUGUUCUCCAACCAUGACAGAAGGAAACAGCUCUGAUGUAGAAGAGCUGUCUGGAGACAGCAGCCAGCAAGAAAAGUCAAAUUUUCCAACUAAAACCGAGAGUCCAAGUGAUAAACAAAAAAGUUGCCAAGGGCAGACACCCCAGAAACAGCAGACUGAAAAAGCAAGUUCAGGCAAUGGGUUUAAACAUGGCCAAGAUCAAGUUCAUUGCCUGCUCUCUGAUUUCUCUAAGGUUGCUCCCAAAGUAAAAAUCCCUAAAAGUAGCAUAAUUGAGGAACCAAUUACAAUAGAUAAACAAGCCAACUUUUCUCCUAACUGGAGAUAUAAGUCAGCUAUUAUGCAAGAUAUUUUAGAAAACAUGUCUAGGUCAAAUUGUGUUGAAAUACAAGAGCCGAAAAUGAAGACUACUGAACCAUCGCAACAGAUAGAGAUGGAACCCACAAUACGUAUCCACCAAGAAUAUCUCACAGGACUAAAACCUGAGACAAGUCUCUUUAAGUUGUCAUCAGCUUCUCAGAAAGACCCUUCCUCAAGUUCUUGUAUAUUUCAAAAGAUAUCCCAAGGGAAACAGAUGUGUCAGAAGUUAAAAGAACAGACUGAUCAACUGAAGACUAAAAUACAAGAAUUUUCCAAAAGCAUAGCACAGGACUCUUCCUAUCGUUUUCAAGACAAGAGGCUGGUCCUGGAGAAGCUGCAGGGACGUCUUGAACUGCUGGAGCAGGAAUUUCUGGCCAACAAGGAGAAGCAUCUGAGUUUGAAGCAGCAAGUCCACAAGCACGGACCCCCAGCUGUUGGUGACUUUGAUCCAGAAAGAAAAGUGGAAGGUGAAAUCUUCAAGUUGGAGAUGCUACUUGAAGAUGUUAAAGAGAAAAUUGAUAAAGGCAAAUGCACUUCAGCUCUCUCUCUUCCUGUGAGCUCUCCAAUCAUCCUGGAUGAGUUGGCAUCCACAUCCUCUCCAUCUUUAAAUGAGGAGGACCCCGGCACCGCCUCAGGAGGGCAGGAACGUGCAGAGAGAACCAGUCCAAGCUGUGCCUUCUGCCUCCGGGUCCUUGAAUGGAAGCAAAAAAUGGAGAAAGAAGGCCACAGAAGAAUCAACUGUGGAAGGUUUCCCAAUGCCAUUCAAGACAAGGCACGGCCCGCAGAUUCCAUUCUCCGUUAUGAUACGGUACACAGCUGCUAUUCCUGCUAUUCUACUUCGGGCACUGGACUGCAGAAUAACAAACGUGAGGACUGCUGCACUAAGACUCGUAACUCCAGAAAAGUCUUCGGUGAAGAACCAGCUAAAGAAUUUCAUUAUAGAUACAACAUCCCAGGACAGAACUACUUGAAUUGUAGCGAAAGAAGAGCCUGUGUCCCGCUCUGCUUUUUAAAUGAAAAUAAAAAUUCUUCACCUUCUCAUUCAAAACCAAACUGGAUCUGUUCCCAGAGAGCGAAUUCAAAAUCUUCUCAAGAUGAACGCGAGCCCAUACCAGGAAAAAAAGAUCUUAAGGCUUUCAUGACCUACAGUUCAGACCCUGCUACACCUCCGCCCCAUUUCCACUCCUGCAGGAUUUCUGGCAGCACAUCCUUAAGCAACUUUAGCAGUACAGAAGACAUGGAAGCUGAGAUUUUAAACUCGUCUUUGGAUCACGCCCUAAGGACGGCAACCACUUUGAAACAAACUACUGAUCAAAUGAUUAGGACCAUAGCAGAAGAUCUUGCCAAAAUACAGAGAUGGAGGAAUCAACUGAAAUAUUAGUUUGACGUAAGGAUUAAAAAAAAAAAGCAAAGAAAAUUUGACCUUCCCCAAAAAAGUAUUUUAUUUAUAACCCAAUUUUGGAAGAUGACUUUCCAGAGAAAACACCAAAACCAUAAGAAAUGGGGGAUACAAAUUGCUUAAAUGACAAAAAAAAAAAGGACCUCUGAUUCUUAAAAUCAAAAUCAAGUAAUUAUUUUAUAACAAAUCUGUUAUUCUUAACAUAAUAAAAGAAAUAAAAAAAUAUACUUUUACCUAUUAGCAUGGCAAAAACUAAAGUCUGAAAAACCCAGUGUCAUGGAGGAUGGGAGAGACAGGUACUCUCAUUCACUGCUGGUGGAAAUGUAAAUUGGUGCAACCUUGUUGGAAGGCAACUUGAUAAUAUCUAUCAAAUUCUACAAAUUCUAAAAACACUCACCCUUUGAGCAGCAAUUGCGCUACUAACAAUGUAGUUUAUAGGUAACUCACCCAAUAGGCCGUGGUAUGUGUACGAGGAUGGCCACUGGAGCAUGACGGGAACGGCCCCCAAGAGGAACCAAUCUAAAUACCCCAUGUGAUGAUUCAUAAAUAAUGACAGGCAAUCAAUUAAUACUCUGCAGCCACUGCAAAGAAUGAGAGUGGGUUACCUCAAGAUAGUGAAAAGGAGCACGAUGCCUAAUAAUAUCUAGAGUGCGGCCUCAUCUGCGCAUGUUUUCAAAGGGCGUACAUAUUUUGUAGAAAUAUACACAAAGUAUUCAGUGGACUGCUAGGAAAUGGACCUGGGCGUUCUGCGCGGAAGGGAGCAUCUUUACUUUUCAUUGACUUUCUGUACCGUAUGAAAUUCUUACAAUACGCUAUAUUAUAAACUGUUCAAAGAUCUCCUGAAGUCAGAAAUAUGCAAAAACAAUAGUCCUAGAUUAAUGAAAUUUGGGGCAAAAGUGAAGACAAUUCAUUAAAACUACGUACCAGGGAUUAAGUCAAUUUACAGCAUUUCUCGUAGAAUGCCAGAACGAGAUUUUGAUUUGCUUCUUGAAGACUGAUUUAUAACCUCCUUAAAGACAGAGCAGCAGAAUAUGGCUCUUUCCCUCUUUCCCAAGGCCUCCAUUGACUCCAAACACUCAACAAAUGGUUUCCCAACCCCCAGAGCUUCGCCCAGUGGUAAGGAGAGUUGAAUCCAUUCCCACUUGAAGCUUUCCGUGGUGGCCAAGGCAGCUGCUGUUUGUCUAGCUGGCUGGAGAACGGGCUAUUUUUAACUUUGGGGGUUGGAAAUUGGUUUAGGGUGUCUUGAAAGAGAAAAAGCAGAGACCAGACUCAAGACACCUCUGACUUUGUAGCUAGACUUAUUUUAAGCUGUAGCACUUAUUAUAAGGAGGAUAGUGAAGACCAGCAGUGGUAACUUAAGAGAAAAAAAGGAGCUUACACUGUGUAUGUGCUAAGAGACUUCUAGAAACCUAAAUUUAAUCACAAGAUGACAGCCUGUUUUGUGCGCUAAGCAUCAUUAUCCUGUCCCCAAGUUUAAAAUUCUACACUUCUCUGGCUUGGUUGAAGUGUUCUUAUAUGACUGAUUAGUUCUUAACCCUUUUUGGACUCGACCCUCUUGGAGAAGCUGAUGAAAGCUCUGGAGUCCCCCUCGCCCACGCUCCGCUCUUCCAUGGAAGAGGGAUAUGUGGACACGUAUGAUUCCACACACAAUUCUUAAAAGUUCAAGGACACCUGAAACAAAUCCGUGGAACCCAGAGGUUAGAAAAAACUGCCAUAUAUGAAUGCUCCUAAUCCCUUAAAUUAACCCUUAUAGAAAAUAUACUAUUGUAAUCAUUUUUGAUUUAAAAAUAUGGCCCACCUCUGCUUUAUUAAACUGUAUUCUAAAUGUAACUUUACAUUUCCUUGAUGAUUGAGGAUCAUUAUGACAAUCACUGCAACACACUUAAUCCAAGAAACAGAAAUAGGGCAAUGUCCUCAUGAAGUUCUGGAAAAGUGCUAGGCUCUGAUUUAUAAGGAUAAUUUUAUAUUUACUGAAUCUGUAGCCUUGGCUGUCUCCUCCCUCAUGCAACUUGUGUGUGUUGAUUCUGAGAGACCUCUCCUCCAGUUCCGCUGCAGUAAUAACCCAGAAAAGCAAGCUUAUUAACUAAAAGCAGUUGGAUCGCUAAUGCUGAGUCAAGGGGCUCAGUGUAGACACUUUGCAGUUUCCACGGUGCAGAGGCCUCUCUGUGCUUCUUCCCGUGUGUGGCUGUGCUCCGGCUGCUCGAGGCUCCCAGGAGCCGGACAGCAGGAUGAGGUGAGCCUGUGUAGAAGACCUUCACCUCUUUAAGAGAAAGUUCUGGCCAUCCACUUUAGUUAACUAUUAUACAAAUGGAAACUCAUCUUUUUAUCAUUCCUUUCUAUUGUAGUUUUUUUUUUUUUAAGGAUUGGCACCUGGGCUAACAACU